GCGGCAUCAGCAGCGGGAGCACCGGCAGCAGCAGCAGCAGCACUAGCAGCAUGGCGAGCGUGGCUUCGUCGCACAGCAAGGCUGAGGUGCAGUUCGCCGACUGGAUGGCCAGCUUGCCUCCCGGCAUCCACAGCCUGCCGCUGUCGAACCUGGCGAUCCCAGGGUCUCAUGACUCAUUUAGCUUCUACAUCGAUGAAGCAUCUCCAGUUGGACCCGAGCAACCAGAAACUGUCCAGAACUUUGUCUCUGUGUUUGGAACCGUUGCUAAAAAGCUGAUGAGAAAGUGGCUGGCAACACAGACGAUGAAUUUUUCCAGCCAGCUGGCAGCAGGUAUACGGUAUUUUGAUCUCAGAAUCUCCACAAAGCCCAGAGACCCUGACAAUGAACUCUAUUUUGCUCAUGGUCUAUUCAGUGCCAAAGUCAAUGAGGGUCUUGAGGAGAUCAGUGCCUUUCUUGCUGACCAUGGUAAGGAAGUAGUCUUCUUGGACUUCAACCACUUCUAUGGGAUGCAGAAGUGUCACCAUGAAAAACUGGUCCAAAUGCUCAAAGACACUUUUGGGAGUAAAAUGUGCCCUGCUAUAUUUGCUCAUGAAGUUUCUCUCCAGUACCUGUGGGAGAAGGAUUACCAAGUAUUGGUAUUUUAUCACAGUCCGGUGGCUCUAGAGGUCCCAUUUUUAUGGCCAGGACAGAUGAUGCCAGCUCCAUGGGCAAACACAACUGACCCAGAAAAACUGAUCCAGUUUCUCCAGACGUCAAUCACUGAGAAAAGAAAGAAGGGCUCUUUUUUUAUAUCUCAGGUGGUACUGACCCCAAAGGCUAGCACAGUGGUCAAGGGGGUCACCAGUGGUCUCAGAGAAACCAUCACAGAAAGAGCUCUCCCUACCAUGAUGGAGUGGGUCCGGACUCAGAGAGCAGGUGAAAGCGGUAUCAACAUCAUCACGGCAGACUUUGUAGAGCUCGGCGACUUCAUCAGCACAAUCAUAAAGCUGAACUACAUGUUGGACGAAGGCGAAGCCGAUACGACUUGAUAGUACCGUAAUGUGACUAGUAUGCUUUUCUGUGCAACUUUUCCCAGUUGUGUUAGGUUGUAACAUUAUGUCACAGGUUUUGCAAGCACAUACCGAAUUUUCUUUUGAAGCGUUAAGAACUUGGAAAGAGUGGGCAAAAGAGGGGACUUUCCCCAUUUGUUUUGAUCAUUUCUUCACAUUGGUUAACUUGUGUCUCAUGAAACCCAGCCAGGUUUCAGCCGCACUUACGUUCCGACUAGAGAAAGCCAUUAAUAAAUAUUGUGCUCUCAACCGAAUGUGCUUUUGCCAUAUGACAAUGAUUUGCUGUGUUUAAAAUUCAUAAAUGGCAGCCAUAUAUUGACCUCUGUGCAAUAGUUUUUCCAUUGUCCUUAGGAAUUUUGCUAUGAAUGAAAAAAGUGUAUUAUUCCGCUAAGGUGCUCCAUCAGCCAGUGUGCUCCAUUUUAUUAACGUUGCACUAUGUAUAGAACUAUUUGGAGGAAUCAGGUUACUUGGACUUGGUGGUGGAAGGGGAGGAGGAAGCAAAAACAUAUCCAAACCCCGGCCGUCAUCGUUAAAAAUGGCAAAAAAAGAACAAGCAUUUGCAGAUCCAAUUUCUAGCAGGCAGCCUAUCUGGACCAAACCUUUAUGUGGCAUGAUUUUGUUUUAAAUAAAACCUUUCAUUGAGCAGAAUGAGCUGUUUAAAACUGUAGUCAGGCGCCUGAGUUGUCCCCACAGAGCUUGCUCAGUUCAGAGCUAUUGAGCAGUGACUGUCAGCUCCUCCUAUGUGGUCCUUAGCAAGGUCUGAGCUUCAUGGCUGCUGUGCCAAUACCAGCAUCACUGGGGAUCAUCUGGGCUCAUUCCUGGGUACCAAAGACCCUCCAGGGCUGAGGCCAAAUGGGAGCAUUCUCAGCGAGCUAAAGAGCACAGUCCACCCCUGAUUAGACUUGCCAGUUGCCACCUGCCCCUGCUUUCAAUUAAUAUUUUGAGGAGCAGGAGAAAAAUGGGCAGGAAUAGCAUUGAUUGCGAUGCCCUAGAUAUUUCCCUUAUUUUCAAAGGUCUUUAUAAAGGCUAUGUGUGCAGUGGAGGGAGUAUAUUAGAGUAUUAUAUGGAAGUGAUGUCAUUUCCUCCUGAAACUCCACCCUCCCCAGGCACCACCACC